AUGGCUGUAGAAAGGGAGGAGAAUGAGCUUAGCGAGGCAGUUAGAGGGCUGUUUGCAACAGUGAGAGGGGAACUGGCAACAGUGAGGGAGGAGCUGGCAGUAGUGAAGGGGGAGGUGGCGGCAGCAGUGGCGGAGAAGGCGGCACAGGAGAGUGAACGAGGUACAGAACCUAUCUUUCCUGCCACAACCCCCCUCCCUCCUCUAAUCCUGCUCCCUGAAUUCAUCCUCUCCUCCUGCUACACCUCACUGUGCAGGCGCACGCCCUGCAUUGGGCUCGCCCCAUCAGUCAUGGCUCGGAUGACUGCAGUGGCCAUGCUGCUGCCAGCGCUGCUGCUCGCCCUCCUUCUUGCCACUGCCAUCAGCAUCACACCAAUUGGCAGGCAGGGACGCUUCCUGUCAUAUGCCCGCGUAUUUCCUAAACCUCACAAGACCGCAUUGUUGCAAUGUUUUGAUGGGGUAUGCAUUCUCAUCAUUGGAUGUUAUCAUCAGCAGCUGCCCUCACAGCUCUCCUGCUGCCCUCACAGCUCUCCUGCUGCCCUCACAGCUCUCCUGCUGCCCUCACAGCUCUCCUGCUGCCCUCACAGCUCUCUUGCUGCCCUCACAGCUCUCCUGCUGCCCUCACAGCUCUCCUGCUGCCCUCACAGCUCUCCUGCUGCCCUCACAGCUCUCCUGCUGCCCUCACAGCUCUCCUGCUGCCCUCACAGCUCUCCUGCUGCCCUCACAGCUCUCCUGCUGCCCUCACAGCUCUCCUGCUGCCCUCACAGCUCUCCUGCUGCCCUCACAGCUCUCCGUCUGCGUAAAGGUGAAAGCUCAAAGCUCAGUUCCACUACUCUUGACUUCCUCAUCCUCUUAAUGCUCCACUCACAUCUUCUCUCCCCAAAAACUCCCAUCCAUGAGUUGCCGUGUGCCUGUGUUUCCAUGUGCUGCCAUGUGUAG